CUUAUAAUAGUCCCCUACUUUCCUACUUGGCUAUGCCCUCCCAGCUCAGGAGAGCCCCUAGCCCUCCCCACCGGAGCUCUGAGCAGUACCCGGCCUGCCUGCCGGUACUGUGGUAAAUUCUCUGCUCACUUUUCCUUUGUUCUCCCCAGCCUGCCUCACUUGCCCAGAGGUCUUGUCCUCUGGGGAGAUAUGUUAAGUGCUCUGCCAGCCUGCCUGUGUGCCUGGCCUGUUUUUUCUCACUGCCAGUACCUCUUGGAUUCCAAUUCCAAACAUGGUAUCCAUCUGGGGUCACCCUUUCUUCCGGUGCCAAGAGAGACGCAUUCCAAAUGGAACACAAGUGUGCCUCCCGUGCUGGGCUCUCCUCAUUCUGACUAGGGACAACAGAGAGCAGGAUGUGGCCACUUUAUCCCUCACCGCUAAAGUUUUCGAUCCCAUAGUCCUAUCUUUACCUCGGGACAAUUUAGAUUUUUCUGCUAAGAGCCAAAUGUGAAGUCUGCUCUAAGAAACCUAGAGCCCAGGAAUAUUGCCAGAGCUCUGCAAAGAAGGCCAGAACCUUGCUGAAGGAAAACGAGAGGGAAAAAAGUUUUAAAAUUCUCCAUGAAGUAUACUAUGUUCUGCCAUUUAUUCCCAAGGCUACUGGAAGCAUUCCUCUCAGGAAAGGCAGAGUUGGCGGUGAGAAGCCGGACCUGAGAAGACUCUGGGAGGACAGAUUAGUUCAUUUUUUGAAUUCCCUAUGUGAGGACAGUCUUCAAGCCCAGCAAGGCUUUGAGACGCCCUGAAGAUGAGUGCUAACGGCAGCACAAUGCGCCAGCUUCUCUGGCAGGACCCAGUGUGCAGUGGCUGGAAGCAGGAUCUGGAAGGGGCUGUCUACCAUCUGGCCAACUGCUUCUUGCUCCUGGGCUUCAUGGGGGGCAGUGGGGUGUAUGGAUGCUUCUACCUCUUUGGCUUCCUGGGCACAGGCUAUGUGUGCUGCGUGAUGUGGGGCUGGUUUGAUGCCUGCGGCCUGGACAUCAUCCUCUGGAGCUUCCUGCUGGCAACGGCCUGCCUGUUCCAGCUGGCACACCUGGUCUACCGCCUGCGUAAAAACACCCUCCCCGAGGAGUUCGAUCUCCUCUACAAGACGCUGUGCCUACCCUUGCAGGUGCCUCUGCAGGUGUACAAGGAGAUUGUUCACUGCUGUGAGGAGCAGGUCUUCACUCUGGCCACUGAGCAGACUUACGCUGUGGAGGGUGAGACACCCAUCAACCGCUUGUCCCUGCUACUCUCUGGCCGGGUUCGUGUGAGCCAGGAUGGGCAAUUUCUGCACUACAUCUUUCCUUACCAGUUCAUGGACUCUCCUGAGUGGGAAUCGCUGCAGCCCUCCGAGGAGGGGGUGUUCCAGGUCACUCUGACUGCUGAGACUGCAUGUAGCUACAUCUCCUGGCCCCGGAAAAGUCUCCACCUUCUUUUGACCAAAGAGCGAUACAUUUCCCGCCUCUUCUCAGCCCUGCUGGGCUAUGACAUCUCUGAGAAGCUCUACGCUCUCAACGAUAAGCUCUUUGCCAAGUUUGGGCUGCGUUUCGACAUCCGUCUCCCCAGCCUGUACCAUGUCCUGGGUCCUGCUGCUCCAGAUACAGGGCCAGAGUCUGAGAAGGAUGAUGAGGAAGUCCGUGAGUCAGCCAUGCCCACAUCUGCCCAGCAAACACCCCCUCGCUCUCCUCUUCCAGCUGCCAGUGGCCCUCCAGCACCUCCCUCCCGGGCCAGGAUGUCCAGGCCGGACAGCGGCGUCCUGGGUGAGGACUCCACCAGUCUGGUGCUGGAGGAUUUUGAGGAGGUGUCGGGAUCAGAAUCGUUCAUGGAUUAUAGGAGUGAUGGGGAGUACAUGAGGUGAGGGAGAGCUAACACGGGCACAACCACCUGGCUCAGGAUCCUGUCUUCUAGAACUCCUCUCCACAGCUACUCUCAAGUUAUGUCCAGGGGACAGGCCCCCUUGGCUCCAACCCACACUCCUGAACUUUAAGGAUCAACAGGCUAUCUUUUUCUCUGGCCGCACUAAUCUUCACAGGAAGGUCACUUGAGUGCACACCGCGUCUCACCCCCUGGAAGGCUCACAGGCAAGGUCAGAGCAGACACAGAAGACGUCGCCCUGCUGCUAACAUCAAGGGCUCCAGGCGACUUGUGCAAAUUUACCCUCACCAGCCUUCCUUCCAGGAAAAGGCACCCAAAAGUGUGAAAGCACCGAUCCCAUCCUUCACUAACUGCAGAAUCUUGGGCAAGUUACAUAGGCUCUCUGAGCCUCAUCUGUAGAGUGGGGAUUCACAAAACCCAUCUCCCAGGGUUGUGGUGAGCACUGAAUGAGCUGACUUAGGUAGAGCCCCUCGGACAUGUACAUGGCGUGACACCUAGUAAGCACUCCAUAAAUCACUCAGUUUUUUUCCCUUGUUUUUCUGAACUGUUAAAAGGGUCACUGAAGUCAGCUAGCCAAGAAGUUUUCAUGGUUUACUUGUUUGUUUUUCCAGUUAGAUUCAAUUUAUAGAAGUAGAAAUUUUUAAAAACCUAGUUUUCCCUUAAGCUUUUAAGUUCAACUUACAAAUCUCUUGUUCUGUUUAGGACCCUAGUAUUAAACAAUAGUUUUCAGAGGGACUUUAAAAAACUUAGUUAAUUAAAUUUCCUUUCAUAGUUUUAA